UUAUUUCUUGCUUGUUCUCUAAAUGAAGCAUUUUCCAAACGUCCAUUCGUUACCUCCCCCUGUUCCCAGGCUAAUGCCAUUGGCAGGGGAGCCAAAUCCGUGCGGGAAUUCCUGGAGAAGAACUACACUGACGAGGCCAUCGAGACGGAUGAUCUCACCAUUAAACUCGUCAUCAAGGCUCUCCUGGAGGUUGUGCAGUCCGGGGGGAAGAACAUCGAGCUGGCGGUGAUGAGGCGGGAGCAGCCACUGAAGAUCCUAAACCCUGAAGAGAUCGAGAAGUACGUGGCUGAAAUUGAAAAAGAAAAGGAAGAAAAUGAAAAGAAAAAACAGAAGAAAACAUCAUGAUGGAUCUCGCUCCUCGGCUCAGCUGCUGCUUUUUAAUUGGAGUGCGGGGUUGCUCUGUGCAGGGGGAGGCACCCCCCGCCCCAGCCUGUGCCCCUCCAGACCUACAAUAAAAACCUACUGAGUUGUUUUUUUUUUAAAGC